AUGCCACGUUUAGAAGAUGCCGAGAUCAAGAAGUACUGGCAAAUUUUCCAAGGAUUAAAACCAGUGGACAACAAGCUCUCCGGUGAUAGCGUUGCUCCGGUUUUGAAGAAUUCCCGAUUACCACAACAGCAACUAUCGGCCAUUUGGACACUUAGUGAUAUAGACAAUGAUGGGAGUUUAGAUUUCGAGGAGUUUUGUAUAACUAUGAGGUUGAUUUUUGAUUUGGUUAAUGGAUCGAUUCCCGAAGUUCCUGAUCAAUUGCCCUCAUGGUUGAUUCCAUCGUCGAAGGCGGCGUUGAUUCAAGCCAACCAAGCCGUGAGUCAAGGUAGGAAUGUUGGAUUAGAUUAUGAAGAUGACGAGGAUGGGUUGAGCGAUGAUUUUGAUUGGUAUAUAUCCCCCAGUGACAAAUCUACUUAUGAAACGAUAUACCAAUCGAAUAAUGAUCAAUUUGGUAGAAUAAGAUUUGAUUCGUUAAAUUCAUUAUAUGCAACGUUAAAGAAUGUUCCAUCAAGUGAUAUAUCCUCGGCGUGGAACUUGGUCAAUCCGAAGUCGUUUGAAACAAUAGAUAAGGACCAGACUUUGGUAUUUUUGCACAUUUUAAACCAAAGAGAAAACGGGAAACGAGUGCCCCGUGGAGUACCUGCUAGUUUAAGGGCUACUUUCUCCAAGGAAGUACCCAGCUAUGACUUGAGCGCACAAGCCAAACCGCUCGAAACGACAAAGACGCAAGCCUCAAAACGUUCAUUUGCCGAGAGCUACUUGAACAAAUUGGGCCACGGAAGUAAUGGCAAUGCUGAGAGAGGGACUGAUUUUUCGGCAACUGAAGGAACAGAUUGGGAGGAAGUGAGAUUGAAAAGAGAACUAGCUGAUUUAGAAAAAUUGCUCUCUGAGGUUCAAAACAGAUCAAAUGCUGAUAAAAAGCAAUCCGAAGAGCAAAGAAUGAUAAAGUAUGAGUUUGAGCAAUUGUUAAAGUACAAGCAAGACCAGUAUAAUAGGCAACAAUCGGGUAGUGGAGAUGAAGAUUUGCUGAAAGUCGAAAAUGACAUUAAAGAUCUUGAAACGCAAGCUCAGUCGUUACAAGAGUAUUUAGACUCGCGAAAUCAAGAGUUGGUCAAAUUGAAUCAAGAGAUUGCAUCGCUACAACAACAUUAA